AUGAGGACCUUUGGCUCUUCGCUGCUGCUCGUCCUGGCGGCGCUGCUCGCCACGGCGACAGCGCAGUUCGGCUUCUUCGACCAGAUGUUCGGCGGCGGCGGUGGCGGCCAGCAGCAGCGCCAGCAGCCCCAGAACGUGCCCAGCGACUCGUCCAUCUACCGCCAGAACUUUGACUCCUUCACCUGCGACAACUACCUGUGCCCGGACACGUUAGCUUGCGUCCACUUCCCGCACCACUGCCCCUGCCCCUUCCCGGCCCAGGAGGACAAGUUCGAGACGGUCGACGGCCAUCGCCUGUGCGUGUCGCGGGGAGGCUUCAAGGCCGGCGAGGCCGCGCGCAAGGUCGAGCUGGCGCGCAAGGGCAUGCUGUAG